AUGCAGAUGGGUAGUAGUGUUGAAGGGGCCUAUGGUCAGUAUGUCAUUCGUGAGGAAUUAAAAGAAAACAUGUGGCGGGCUCAAAGUUGCCUUACUCAGCAGAACGUCGUUGUCAAAAGCGCAGAAGACCAUCUCCUCAACAAGGAGCGCAGGACACUCAGGCGUUUUGGUCACGUGCCAUCUCUCCGUCGCUUGAUCGACGAAGUCGCAGAGCCUCCGAUGCUGGUGCUGGAGUAUCUCGAGACAAAUCUGCUCACUGAGUCUGGAGAGAAGAAGCUUCAGCCAUCAGAUGUCAAAAUCGUUGCAAAAACUGUUCUCCAAGCUUUAGCUGCACUGCAUGAAGAGGGGAUUGUUCACACCGUUCUGAGACGAACUAUCCCAGAUAUCAAACCUGACAAUAUACUCGUCAAUCGUGGCGAUCACAAUCAUCGUUUCAGCGACAUUAAGUUGGCAGACUGCGGCGAUAGCACACACAUCGAUGACGUCGUUGAAGACCACAUCAUCUGGACUGGGGGACUCCUACUGCCAUCUGAUCAUUAG